AUGGCCACCAAAAACACCCCCGGCGCCGCCGCCGAUACCCCCUCCGGCCAACAACAACAACCCUCCGACAAAAUCACCGACUGGGUAAAACCCGGUGACAAAUCAGGCGAGUUCAAGCGUCAAGACUCCUCCUUCCGCAAUUUCAUUUCUUCCUCCGACCCUUCCUCUCCCUUCCCUCCCGAAAAGGGCCGCUACCACCUCUACGUCAGCUACGCCUGUCCAUGGGCAACACGCGCCCUGAUCGUGCGCAAGCUCAAAGGGCUAGAGGAUGUGAUCUCCUUCAGCUCCGUGCACUGGCACAUGGGCGAGAAGGGAUGGCGGUUCCCUACUGCUGAGGAAGGUGCUAAGGACGGGGACGCGGCAGGGGAGCAGGUUAUCCCGGAUCCGGUGGGCGGAAAGGAGUUCAUUAGGGAGGUAUAUUUUGAUGUGGAGCCGGAGUAUAAGGGGCGGUUCACGGUGCCGGUGCUGUUUGAUAAGAAGAAAGGGAAGAUUGUGAAUAAUGAGAGUAGUGAGAUUGUGAGGAUGUUGGGGAGGGAAUUUGGUGGGAUUAUUGAGGACCAGAAGGCGAAGGAGCUGGAUCUGUACCCCGAGGAUCUGAGGAGCCAGAUUGAUGAGGUUAAUGAGUGGGUGUAUCAUGAUAUCAACAAUGGGGUGUAUAAGAGUGGGUUUGCGACGACGCAGGAGGCGUAUGAGAAGAAUGUGGUCAAGUUGUUUGAGGGGCUGGAUAAGGUCGAGAAGCAUCUUAGGGAGGUGCAAGCGAAGGGCAAGGGGGAGUAUUGGUUUGGAGAGAGGUUGACGGAGGUUGAUGUGAGAUUAUUCCCGACAAUCAUCCGCUUCGACCCCGUCUACGUCCAGCACUUCAAGUGCAACUUGCGCGACAUCCGGUCUGGAUACCCAGCUAUCCACAGGUGGAUGCGUAACCUAUACUGGAACGUGCCCGCUUUCCGUGAGACCACCAACUUCUUGCACAUCAAGAAGCACUACACUUGCUCGCAUCCUCAGAUCAAUCCCAAGGGGAUCACGCCGUUGGGCCCGGUGCCGGAUAUCCUGCCGCUCGAGGAGGACGUUGAGGCAGUUAAGGCUACGAAGAAGUGA